AUGGCCUGUCAACUAUUUCCUUCUACUCUAGACGUUGUCCGUGGAAUCGCCCGUCCUCCACCAAGUCUCUCCGUAACGAGAUCAGAUGGUCUUACUCUGCCGACCACUCUUACUUCAGGGAAUGGAGGGCUUGUCAGCACGGUGCCAGGCCCUGUCGCCGGGACCGUCAAACACUUCUACCGAUCAAGCGGGAGCAGAGGUAGAUCAACCUGGCGAAAGGAGAGGCGGUGGUGGGAUCGAAGAAAGAAGCAGAGGGGCAAAGCUGCGGAAAUAGGGGCAAUCGAAUCUUCUCUCGCGCCCUUUAAACUCCUAUUUCCACAAAGCACUAAUAAAGCGAAAAUUCGUCUAGCAAGCAAGCAAGCAGCAGCAGCAGCAGGGGCAGCAGCAAGCAGCAAAUGCAUAACCUUGGAAGCAGUGGUCUGCUCCAAGGAGAUCGGGAGGGCAGGUCCCAGUGCAUGCAGUCAACAGGAACACCUCGCUUAA